UCUCCUCCUGUGUAUGAUGAUCAUAUCGGUGUCAUCAGGAACGGUGUAUAUACAGAGCGGAUCAGACAUCACUGACUGUAAUAUGAAGUGUCCUGAGGAUGAAGAUACUGUGGAACUGUUCAGAGAAUGCGGAGGGGACGAUAGGACAUUGCUGGAAAAUCUUUGUUUUAUCAAUGCCACUAAAUCUCAUGACUCCAGACUCCGACUGCACACAGGGAGCGGCUGCUGGAAGCUGACACAUGCCAGGAAGGAUGAUUCCUGUGUAUAUAAGGUCUGGUGUCACUGUGCUACAGGAUAUCUGAUGUCCACAACAGAGAUCCGUGUUCUGGAUCCGGUUCUCAUCUCCAACAUCACCAGUACCGGGGGCCGGCUGGGUGAGGAGACGGUGGUGAGCGUCCAGUUCUCUGGAGAAGAGAGCGCUGUGACCUGGGAGGUGGACGGGGAGCCUCUCCCUGAAAGAUACCGGCUGAUAGAUGACAAUAGGACUCUGAUUAUCCCCGGUGUGCAGAGAGACGACGCCGAGAGGAGAUUCCGGGUCAGGAUCACAAACCCCGUCAGUGAGGAGAUCCGGGAAUACCGGCUGGAGGUCAGAGAUCUUCCAUCAGAUUAUACAAGAUCCCGAAUUUUUCUCAUUGUUGCUGGAUUGCUCGGUGUGAUUAUUGGGAUUAUCCCGGCGUCUCUGAUUUACUGCAGAAGAAGAGGUUUGAAGAGCAAUGGUGUCUAUAAAGAUGAGUCACUGGCAGAGGUCAGAUCUGUGCCACCUAUCAAUAAUGGACCCAUACCCAUCAAUGAUGUCCCUCAAGAUGAGCCACUGGUAGAGGUCAGAUCUGUGCCACCCAUCCAGAAUGGAUCCAUACCCACCAAUGAUGUCCCUCAAGAUGUGCCACUGGCAGAGGUCAGAGCUGUGCCAUCCAUCCAGAAUGGAUCCAUACCCAUCAAUGAUGUCCCUCAAGAGGUGCUACUGGUAGAGAACAGAUCUGUGCCACCUAUCCAGAAUGGAUUCACACUCGCCAUUGGUGUCCCUAAGGUUUUGCCACUGGCAGAGGUCAGAUCUGUGCCACCCAUUCAGAAUGGAUACUUACCCACCAAUAAGACUGGAUCCCCACCUGCCACAAAUGUUCAUCAAUUGAGGGAAAAUGGGGCCCCCCUACUCCAUGUAGAGCAGCUCCCUAUCUACAUAGUUACAUAGUUAGUCUGGCUGAAAAAAAGACACAAGUUCAUCUA